AGCUAACUAAUAGUGCACAAAUUCAGCAAAAACACUUCGAUUCUACUCCUUUCAUCACUUUCUUAGCUAGUCGACGACAUUGUUGCUGCUUCAAUAAAUUCUUUCCACGGUCUACGUACUAUUUGUCAUCGGCAUGUAUCCAUCAAAGCAAGACGCCGCUUAUGAGAUGAACCAAAAGCCAUCACCUCCCUUGCCACCACCGGUGACCGGCUAUCCAGUAGUACCCUUCACAAACCAGCAUCACAAUGAAAUUCAUUCUCAUCCCAUUCAGCAUCAACAGCAGCCGCCCAGUCGUUGGUCCUCCGGUCUUUGUGACUGCUUCUCUGACAUCCCUAAUUGUUGCAUCACAUGUUGGUGCCCGUGCAUCACUUUUGGACGGGUCGCUGAGAUUGUAGACAAAGGAACAACACCCUGUGCUGUAAGUGGAGCAAUUUAUGGCGUACUUUUAUGGUUCACUGGUUGUCCUUGCAUAUACUCGUGUAUAUAUCGCACUAAAAUGAGGAAGCAGCUGAUGUUAGAGGACAGACCUUGUAAUGAUUGCUUGGUUCAUUUCUGCUGUGAUGCCUGUGCUCUGUGUCAGGAGUAUAGAGAGCUCAAACAUCGUGGAUUUGAUAUGACAAUGGGUUGGCAAGAGAAUGUGGAGAGACACAAUGGUGGAGUGACCGUGUUCGCAUCAGCACCGCCCGUUGAACUAGGCAUGAAACGCUGAAUGAGCCAUGCAUGCUCUGAAUGUUUGUGUGUUAUAUGUAAGGUAGAAGAGAUCAAGAUUUCAGUUCAAAAAGAAGAAGAAUAAAAGAUGCGAUCAAGAUUGUGCCGCUGGCAUCCUUGUAUGUUUUGUGCAGCUAUAUUUCUCUUUUCUUCUGUUCGUUUUUUUUAUUUUUUAUUUAUUGAGAUCACAAAAGCAAUGUUCCUCAGUCUUGUACGAUGAUAGUCUGCUUCAAUCGAAUGUAAGAUAUCUAUCAUUUUUU